AUGCCUGCGACUGUCUUCCUUCUUGGUCCUGGUUUUAUCGGCGGAGAGAUCAUAGACCUUCUCCUCAUAUCGAACUACAAAGUAACAACCCUUGUUUGUCGCGAAUCAGCCGUUAUAGAUUACGCCAAUUUGGGUAUCGAAACAGUGGUGGGUAAUCUGGACGACGCAACAGUGAUCAAGAACCAGGUUGCGGUUAGUGACAUCGUUUUCCACACCGCAACUGCAGACCACUUGCCAUCUGUCCAAGCAAUCAUCGAUGGCAUCAGACACCGAGCGGCGCAAGGACUGAAAACAAUCUACAUCCACAACAGCGGAGCAACCUUGUUCUCCGAUUCGGCCCAAGGAGAGUAUAAAAGUGAUACAAUAUUUGACGAUGAGCAGCCUGGAAAGAUCAAUGCCCACCCUGAUUCUGCAUCGCAUCGAAUAAUUGACCUAGCCAUCAUCCGGGCAGGCCAAGAACUGGGCCCCUACGCCAAGAUGGCCAUUAUGAUUCCGCCCCUUAUCUACGGUGUGACCACUAGGGAGAACCGUCUCUCGAUCCAAUUACCGACGCUCAUUCGGUACUUUAUUAAACAUGGCUAUGCCGGUCAGAUCGGGAAUGGUCUCGCCGUUUGGAACCAGAUUCAUGUCAAAGACCUUGCUAGGGGAUAUAUGGUUUUGCUGCAUUGGAUGGAGCGUGCACCUGUCACCGAGGUUGCGCAAAAUCCAUACUUCUUUUGUGAAAACGGCCAAGAGUUGUCUUGGGGUGAAUGCGCUGCUGAGAUUGGCCGUAUACUGAAGGAGAUGGGACACAUUGAUCAAUCUACGCCGAGGUCCAUUCCGGAGAAACAGUGGGGCGACUUGUUCGGGGAUUAUUCGGGGAUGGUGAAGGAAACCUUUGCCCCCUUGGCUGAAGAUGAGAUUUCAAUCAUCGCCAAGGAAACCGGGGAGUUCACAGGUUAUGCGAGCGUCGUUGCGUCGUAG